AUGCAUCAAACUGCAUAUCGUGGUCCAAUAAUGGGUCCGACUGAAUGCACCAGUGGAAUAGUUUCUUCAUCAAUGUCCUUUCUGGAUAAUACAAAUGGAUUUAGCGCAAAUAUUGCAGAUUAUGGGUGCUAUGUUACAGAUUAUUGGGCUGCGCCAUACACAACGGCCUUAAGUCCCAUGAAACAAAUUGAAGCUUGUAUACAAACCGCUGGCAAAGAUCGCGCCUCAUAUAAGCCACUUGAACAUGUCGAUUCGAAAGAUAUCGAAAGCACCAGUAGCAGCAGCAGCACCGGAAGUGCAAUUUGCCGUGAAAAUGUCAACAGCAACAACAACAACAACAGCAACAAUAACAGCAACUACAAUAGCACUGAAGCUAAUAACAAUAACAAUUCUCAAACAAAUUCUAGCAAUAGUGGAAGUAAUAAAAAAUAUAAACUCACCAAGAAAGAUCCAGCAACAACAACAUCCACAGCCAAUAAAAUGAAUAAUAAUCAGAAAAAUGAUGAACCACUACAUCCAACCUUAGCACAGGCUAUUGUGGUUUUGGAGACCAAAGCUUUAUGGGAUAAAUUUCAUGAACAAGGGACUGAAAUGAUUGUCACCAAGACAGGUCGUCGCAUGUUUCCGACAUUUCAAGUGCGUAUUGGUGGUUUAGAUCCACAAGCUACAUAUAUAAUGAUGAUGGAUUUUGUGCCAGUCGAUGAUAAACGAUAUCGCUAUGCAUUUCACAAUUCCAGUUGGGUUGUGGCAGGAAAGGCAGAUCCUAUUUCUCCACCACGAAUACAUGUGCACCCAGAUUCUCCAUGCGCUGGUGCCAACUGGAUGAAGCAAGUUAUAUCAUUCGAUAAAUUAAAACUGACCAACAAUCAAUUGGAUGAAAAUGGACAUAUAAUACUGAACUCAAUGCAUCGAUAUCAGCCACGUUUUCAUAUAGUCUACCUGCCACCCAAGAACACCUCGUUGGAUGAAAAUGAACAUACGAGUCAUUUUCGUACAUUUAUAUUUCCGGAGACAUCAUUUACCGCUGUGACCGCCUACCAAAAUCAGUGUGUUACCAAACUAAAAAUUGUAAGCAAUCCAUUUGCAAAGGGCUUUCGAGAUGAUGGAACUAAUGAUGUGCCGAAUAAUACUUUGGGCAUGUCAACAAUGAGUCACGAAACUCAAGCAAGAAUGAAGCAACGUAACAACAAUCAGCAACAAACGCAACAUAUGCAACAGCAACAAUUGAAAGCAACAACCUCUAACAAUAAAGAUACUAACUUAAUAGUUGCUGAAAUGGAAAAUCAUCAAAAUGCGCUUAUCUCACAUGUAAAUGGACAUAACACAACAAACGGCACUAGUUUGACAUCUCCCACUGGUACAUCGCCAGAAUUGCUUAAUUAUCAAUGCCUUUCGAAUGGAAACGUACCCAACAAUAACAAUCUAUCUAUGCAUACUAACACUCAACAUAAUAGUGAUUCACCAAAAAUGGAUACAACACCGGCGCAUAUGAACUCACCCAAUUACUCCCAUACGCAUGCUGCAAACAGUGGUGGCAUAAUGUCUCCACAUCACACACACCAUGCACAUUUGAAUAUGAAUCUCAGUAGCAAUCAGGUAGUGCAGUCACCACAGGCACACACCACACACUCACUGGCAAAUAUAUACUCCUCCAUUGGUCAGCCAUAUUCAUCGGAUAAUAGCAAUUAUGGCGCUAUCUAUCAUCACAAUCACUACCAUCACAGCCACAGUUAUGGUGCUCCAUAUGAUAAAAUCAAAGUGGGUGGUGGUCAUAACAUGCGCACAAGUUCUGCUGGUGCCGCAACAACUGCUGUCUCGCCUUCAGCGAAUCCUUAUGCCAUGAGCAGUUAUCAGUCUUUCUACGGUUCGCCGCAUCAAAUGAUGCGACCAAAUGGCUACAUUGAUUUGGUGCCAAGGUAGGUUAUUCUGUUAUUCUGGACUA